AUAUAUUAUAUUUCAAAUUUUUUUGCUAAACCGUGUGUCUUAGCAUUUCAACAAUGGAACAACCAAUAGUUACUAUAAAUGAGGGUAAAAUUAGAGGAUAUCAAAGAAUAAAUCUUGAUGGAGAAAAAUUUUACUCGUUUUUGGCAAUACCAUACGGCAAGCCACCCAUUGGAGAAUUGAGAUUUAAGGCUCCUAAACCCGUAGAAUCUUGGAAUGGAAUCAAAGAUGCAACAAAAGAAGGAAAUAUUAGCUACCAAGGAGAAAAUCUUCAAGAGACGGGUUGUAUUAGUACAGAAGACUGUUUACAUUUACAUGUUUUUACUAAAAAUCUUCCGUUAGAAGACCCCAUUCUAAAACCAGUAAUGGUCUGGAUCCAUGGAGGAGGUUUCAUGUGGGGCUCAAAUGAUUCUAGAUUAUUUGGUCCAGAAUUUUUACUUACAGAAGACAUAGUUAUGGUGUCCAUACAUUAUCGAGUAGGCUUCUUAGGAUUUUUACAUCUUAACGAUGCUUCUUUGGAUGUACCUGGAAAUGCUGGUAUGAAAGAUCAACAAUUGGCUCUUAAAUGGGUGCAAAGAAAUAUUCACCAUUUUAAUGGAGAUCCCAACAACGUUACCAUUUUUGGAGCUAGUAGUGCAGGUUCAUGUAUUCAUUUACAUGUAUUAUCUCCUACAUCUAAAGGAUUGUUUCAUAAAGCCAUAGUGCAAAGUGGAUGUGCUUUAAAUUAUUGGACUUUUUCUGGAGAUUUUGCAUUGGAAUUUGCUAAGUUUGUUGAUAAUGAAGUACAAACUGAAGCACAAGCCUUAGAAAUGUUUAACAAAAUGCCAGUAAAGGAGUUUCAUAAAUAUCAACUAGAUUUUUGUAAUAUACACGAUAUUUUUGGAGUAGUGGCUCCUAAUAUCGAACCGCCCAGCGAAACUGCAUUCCUAUCGUCUUCACCUAUCGAACUGAUAUCUUCUGGUCACUAUAAUAAAGUCCCGCUCAUAAUUGGAUAUUGUAACAAUGAAGGAUUAUAUGUCGGAUUUGAUGAAACGUUUAAGAAAAUUAAAAUAAAGCAAGAAACAUUAGAUCUGGACUUCUUUGUUUCUCCCAGUCUAAAAUUAAAGGAAGACGACUCAAAGAGGGAAAUAGUUAAAAGAAAAAUAAAGAAAUUUUAUUUUGAAGGACAAAACGCAGUAGACAAGUCGUUGAUUUGGACAGAUUUUUUAUAUGUACCAGGAAUAAUAGCUUCUGCUAAACUUCAUGCUAGAACGUCUUCAGAACCAGUAUAUUUAUAUAGAAUAUCUAUUGAUGCAGGACUUAAUUGGAAAAAACAAAUUAUACCUAUAAAAGAACCCGGUACUACACAUUGUGAUGAACUAGGCUACAUCUUUAAUAUAGCUCUUGAUGCAGAAUUUUUGGAUAUUGGUGAACUCGAAGACAAAUAUAUACGACGUUUCGUCAAAUUAUGGACAAAUUUUGCAAAAACUGGUAAUCCUACACCAAAUGGAACCGAUUUAAAUACAAAAUGGAAACCAAUCAAUGAGGAUAUAUGUUUCUUAGAUAUUGGAAGUGAACUUACAAUGCAGAUUAAUCCAGAAGAAGAAAGAAUUAAAUUUUGGAAGGAAAUUUUUAAACUUAGUCCGCAUACUUAUAACUAUUUAUAAGUAAUUAAUAUAAAAUAAAGAUUUAGAUAUCAUUAUGAAGUACUUAUUGUAAUCUAAAUGUAAG